ACAAAAGCUACAAAUUUGGGUAGUGGCUUUGAGUAACAUCGUAACCUUACGACGCGCGACUAACACGUAUUGUUGCAUGUUAUUAAUGAUUUACCGGGGUUUUUGAAAUAAUCCAUAUUUCAUUACUACCAAUUUAUUGUAUAGAUUAGUGUCAGUGGUAACCGUUUUAGUUCUGGUUGUUUGCUUGUGCCGGUUUGUUGUUGCAUCUUCAUUAAGAAAGAGUUUAUCUGACAAUGGGAAACGUUCAUACUUGUGGCCCAAACGAAGCUUUGGUCGUAUCAGGAGGAUGUUGCGGGUCCAUGAAGAAGAGAACGAUCGUCGGUGGCUACGCCUUCACAUGGUGGUUCGUUACCGACGUCCAGCGACUGUCCCUCGAGGUUAUGACACUGAACCCUGUCUGCGAAAACGUAGAAACCGCACAAGGUGUGCCGUUGACUGUCACCGGAGUAGCACAGUGCAAGAUCAUGAAAGCGGACGAACUUUUACACACUGCCAGCGAACAAUUUCUAGGAAAGAGCGUUUACGAAAUCAAAUCGACCAUCCUUUCUACCCUAGAGGGUCAUCUUCGUGCAAUACUAGGCACGCUAUCGGUGGAGGAGGUGUACAAAGAUCGAGAUCAAUUCGCGACGCUAGUGAGAGAGGUGGCCGCGCCGGACGUCGGUCGCAUGGGCAUCGAAAUUCUAUCGUUUACGAUAAAAGACGUCUACGACGACGUUCAAUACUUGGCUUCGCUUGGCAAAGCGCAAACUGCGGCUGUUAAACGGGACGCCGACGUUGGCGUCGCCGAGGCGAACCGCGACGCUGGCAUUCGGGAAGCUGAAUGUGAGAAAGCAGCGAUGGACAUAAAGUACAAUACCGACACGAAGAUCGAGGACAACGCGAGACUCUUCCAGCUGCAGAAAGCGAAUUUCGACCAGGAAGUGAACACGGCGAAAGCGGAGGCGCAAUUGGCUUACGAGCUUCAAGCGGCGAAAAUAAGGCAACGGAUACGAAACGAAGAAAUUCAGAUAGAGAUCGUGGAGAGGCGCAAACAGAUCGAAGUGGAGGAACAGGAGGUACGUCGUAAGGAACACGAGCUUCGCAGCACCGUGAGAUUACCCGCGGAAGCUGAACAUUACAAAAUUGGCAAAGUGGCCGAAGGCAAAAGAACGCAAACGGUAAACGCGGCCAUAGCCGAAGCCGAGAAGAUUCGUUUGAUCGGAGGAGCCGAGGCCGAGGCUCUACAAGCGGUUGGAAUGUCGGAAGCCGAAGGUAUGCGAUUGAAAUCCGCCGUCUACAAGGAGUACGGCGAGGCUGCUAUUCUCAACAUCGCCCUGAACGCCUUGCCAAAGAUUGCCGCGGAAGUGGCCGCGCCGUUAGCGAGAACAGAGGAAAUCGUGCUUCUGGGCGGAGGCGAGACGACCAGCGGUGAAAUUACGCGUCUUGUGGGGCAAGUACCUCCGGCUGUUCAAGCACUGACCGGUGUAGAUCUUUCAAAGGUGUUAAGCAAGAUACCAGGAGCAAAGUAAUGACGGAGCAUGAAAGGGGAGCAACGGCGACCAGGCGAUCGGACACUUGGAAUCGGGUGAAGAAAGGAGCGAACGUUAUACUGCCAAAGGUUUCUUCGCUAACUCCGCAUCAUCCAACGGUGACACUGCACUUCGUUCUCUUUCCCGAAUUACUCUACCUCAGACGUAGGUGAAGCGACGCUGAACAUAAUCGGUCGAAUGCGUCGAUUAUAAUUUCGAACGUAAUCGGGCAAAUUCGAUGCUUCGUUACGCGAUACUGGACCACUUUAUACAACGCACAUAAAACGUCUCCGCUCGAUCGUCGUUCGUGCACAUCGAUUCGAACAUCUCCUCGAUCCUACCGAAUCUUUCUUCACGACCCAACUUUCAUCGACGCAACUGUUAGUCGCGCAACCCGAAGUUAUAAGAUAGAAGCAACGGAGAAUGAAGAAAGAAGAAUCUUAGGAGAACUCUUUGGAAGAGGAAAUCGAGUACACGAUACGCGUAUAUCGCUAUUAUUUCCGAAUCUAUCGUGAUCGAAGAUUCUCGAUAAUUGUGUUCAACUUCAUAAAUAAGAAAUUUAACGAGGGAAAGGAGAGGGAGGAUGAUAAAAUCAUCGUUCGUGCGAUAUAGGCGACGUGGAAAUUAACUGUUCGUAGUCGUUGUACAUACUCGUAGUAACGUGUGUAUCAUAGCAACUGGAGUUUCUUACAUCGCUUGGAACGAGACGCUUCGAACGUUCGAGAUGCUCGACGGAAUCGAGGCUGUCGCGUGAAAUAUCUCCGUCGUUUUCCGAAAGAUUUAAAGCGAACUUGUACAGAGUGGUUUCUGAUAAAAUAUUUCAAUGAAAAUUUAUGUAAAAAUUCGAUAAAAGUUUUCGAGUGAUGUUUUCCUAGAAUUUGACUUUCUAUUUGAAAGGUAUAGAGCCACCUUCUCUACGUAGCACCGUGUGUCUUUUUAAUACGCGUUGACCGUUGUAUUUAUCGUGUGUGCGUGUGCGUGCAAACACUAGAGUAAGACACGUAGAAUUAAUAUUUCAUCGGCCGUCACUCUGUUUAAUUUCUACGCUUCUCGCUCCGAUUUCUAUUCAGCUGCGCGAUUAAACCUCUCGUUUCGGGUAAAAGUUACGACAAUUUCAACGAUAACAAGAUACGCGAAAAUAUCUACCAAUUCGAGAAGAUAAAUUUUAAAUCAAGUUGAAAAGUUCUGAGAAAGACGGAACACGCGAACGAGCGUUCGAAUAUCCUCGUUCGAUCCGCGUUCGCGCUCGAAAUUCUCUCGGUUGACCACGCAUCGGAAUCAAUAGCAUUCCCGCCGCCGGAUGUACUCUCCAAACCGAAGAAAGUGCCAACCAAUUUGUAAAUACGGUAUCGUCUCGCCGUCGUGUAGCAGAGCGAAUGGUAAUUGUCUAUCGCGUAACGAGCAUUCCGUUGUGUCGCACCUGUUUUUUCCGAUUCGGUUGGCGAUCCAAUGCUCGCAUCCAAGAAAAGCCUGUACGUGCGAUCGUAUUCGUAUCGUUCCGAACGACAUAUUCGAAACGGACGAUUCUAUCGCGCGAAAAUCACGUCCAUCGUGUCCUCGACAUUGCGAUUACGACGAUCGAAUCGUCAUUCGUAUAGCUGAUUACGAUCAAGCGUCACCGAGUACAAAUUCCAUUGUCCUGUCCGAUGUAUAUGCUCGCGAGAGACAAUUCGAAGGAAAAAAGAUCUGAUUGUGUAAAUUUGUUUCCGCGUUCUUUUUCUCUCGUUCUACUUUGAGGAAUCCUUUAUUCGUUUAUUUUUUUACUCGUUAUAGGGUUUCGCUCGUAUUUUUUAUAUCUAUAUAUGUUUUUCCUAUUGAAAACGUAUUUUAAGUAGAAGUUAUGCUCUUAUCAAGAGAGGACUCUUCGAACCUGCGCGAGCAAAACAGAUCGUGACUUAUUUCUUCGAAAAAAAGAAGAAGAAGAAGAAGAAGAAGAAAGGAAAAAACUGUCGCGAGCAUCUAAACGCUGGAAAAGGGAAGUGUACAACCGUCGUUCGUCGCUAAAGUCUUCCCAAAAGAAAAAGAAAGAAAAAAGAAAAAGAAGAUAAGAAAGUAUAGUACAUUUAGAGCAGUACAAACGAGAUGACAGAGCAAACUAAUUUCAAAAUACGAUUAUAUCGAAUGAAAAGUUUAAAAGAAAAAAAAAGAAAAUUAAAAAAGUCGUGAUCCGUAUGUGCAAGGUCCACGUCUAUAUAGUAUUUUUAUUAUGAUAAGCGAUCGAAAGUGUAAAUGCCGAUUAUAUAAAGGGAUAAAAAAAGAAGAGAAAAGAUAAGUAGAAGGUUCUAUUUCUCCCAAACAAAUGUUUUAUAUAAGCUAUUUUUAGUAAACGUUUAGCGCACCCGUUCCGAUGGGUAGUCAAUGCGAGAACUCGCCGUGUUUAAAGUUCUAAUUGCCUCGAAAUGUUCUUCGUUCUCUCGAUAUCGUAGAUCCGCGAAAGUAUAGAGACGUUACGCGAGCGAAGAGAUAAGAAAGAAGAAAGAAAACGAAGAUAACCGACGUCUAUGUGCUUCUAAAAAAUAUCGUCUAGCGCCCAUCGAAAUGAAUUUCACUCAAAGUGUUCGACUUUCGUUCCAGGAUCGACGACGCGUUAAAUCGAACGAUCGAAGCGAUCUAUAAAUCGAUCGUCGUCGAUGGAACAGAGAGCUUUAGGUAGUUGCAAGAAUCCUGCGACGUUCGAGAACUCGUAAAAUUUGCGACUUCUUACAACUUUUCUAACGCUAUCCGAGCGGAUGUUUUUAUACUUGUAUCUCGCAUCGUUCUCAGACGAGAACCAGUUAGUCGCCUUUCUUUAUCCGUUAAGAAGAUGAAAAAUUUGUUUGUAGCCAUCCAACCAUCGAUUUCUUUCGAUCGCCGUUAAAUCAUUACCAAAGAUAGAGAAGAUUUCGUUCGAUCGCGUCCUAAGAAAUUUAUCCUCGGUGGAUUCCAAUUAAAAGUUUCAACUUUUCUCGGCUAGAUCUUCUUCCUAGUCGCGAACGAGCGCGUAGACGAUUUCUAUUACUACAAACGAGUUCUAUAACGCGUAACUUCCUGAAUUUUUUACCAAUCUUCGAUCGACGUAACGAAAGAGUUUCUUCGUAGCUUGUAUAACGAUUCGCGAGGAUCUCUUGUUUCAUUCUAUAUGCUCGAGCGAGUUGCGAUCCCGUCGGGAUAUUACUUCUAUCAUAAUACUACAAAUUAUCUUUGCGUAACGAGUCGCAAAAGAGAAAAACAGGAUGACGAAGGGUGAUGAAGAGGAAUACGCGCCUUGUCGUUCUAGCCUAGUCAAGCGAAUGACGAAAAGGCUAGCGUAGCUGCGUCUUUCGUUUAUCGUAUCGGAUAUUUGUUUUACCGUUAUAUGAGAUUUUUCGCGAAUACUUUACCAACCAAAUGUCUAUUACGUCCGAACUAUCGAGCAUCGAUCGAGGAAAGAAUCUCGUAUCGCAAAAGAAUGAUCGCUAGUGCGCGCAAUUUUGGUCUCGCAGAAACGAAGGAAAUCGCAAAGACGAUUAUUUAAAUCGAUCUCGUAAAUGUCACGAUCGUGCUUUCGUUUUUUACGAUUUAAUAUUUUCCCUUUCGUUAGCAACACCGUUUCGCGCAACUCUCGACUCGCUUUAUCCAAUUUUUGCUAUUUGUUAUUUAUUCUCGUUAUCCUGCGUUUCAUUUUCGAUCAGUUUACCACCAUGAUCGAGGAUCAUCGAUUCCAGAUCGACGAAUAAAGCUUUCAAGUACAUUAUAUAUACGUACAGUAUAAAUAUUCGGCGACUCGAACGCACGGAUAAGAAAGAAACGAAACGUAUUUCUUCCAUUGCCAGCUGAUUUCUAAGAUACGCAAGUUGAUUCAAAUUGUAGUUUUCCAUCUAUAUAGAUACAUAUUUUACUUUACGUAAAAGGAAACUGCGUUGCCAAUCGAGGCUAAAUAUUAACGUACUUUUGUCGACAUAUUUUACGCUUACGUUUUAUUCUUUUUCGCGCUUGCAGUUUAGAAUACCGUAAUUAAUCGUAUAUCGAAGAGGCGACCGCCUUUUGUACACGCAAACGUCGUAUUUUGUUAUUCGUUGUAAGAGCGAGUUCACAGGCUACCAAAAAGAAUAGCCGCGUCUUAAUAUCGUUCCGUUGAAGAGAAAAGUUUGCUUUUUAGCGCACAAUACAUAGAGAUUCAGCCGGAAUAAGAACUUUGUUGCUAAUUUAUAGCUAGUUUCGUCAUCGCGAUUUUAAUAAUUCCGUAAUUUGAUAUGUUUCUGCCGGAAUACUUGCAUUUCACUAAGGAAUAUCAACAUUUUGCCCGCUGUCUUCGAUAAAUACGUGAAAAACGAUCGGCAAUUUUGCAAGAUUUUUAAGCUGUUUCGGCGAUAUUUUAUUACGAACGAAUUCUCGAAUUUAUACGGAACUGUUAUACACGUGAUCCUUCUUACCCCGUUAUAAAUUAUGUGAUAAUUGACAAUACCUUUUCUAAGGUAAUAAUUAAAGCGGUAAAUAGUAUUAGUAAUUAAUUAUUAAUAGCGUAACUAUCGUAUUAAUGCGUUGUUCUAAACGAUAAAUUCGAUAAAUUUAAUAAAUUUAAUAAAUUUAACGAAUUUAAUAAAUUUAAUUAAAUUGAAAUACCGAAAAAGAGGAGAAAGAUCGCACGGCUCUGAUUCGAGAAUUCGAUCGCGGAUAUACGCGUUUGAUUUUAUGCAAGUGCGGAGCGUCAUACUCGUUCAGUCGACGAUAUCUUUACCAUGUAGAGAAAUAUAAAUAUAUUAGCGAUAUAUUUUGUUCGAUUAUAUAUUACAGUUACCGUGUACAUACUUACUUUUAUUAUGCUUAUUUUAUCGCCAUUUACGUAUCUUGAAUUUUGUAAUAAUUUACACCAACGUUACUUCGGUGCAACCGCGAGUAGCUUUCGAUCGGCAAGAUCGUAAAAAGUACGCGAUCCUUAGUUAAUUUAUAAUUACGAUCGUCGAGUAAGAUAUACGAAUAAAAUAUACAACGCGUUUAAACGAGAAUUUCCUCGUUCUUAUCGAUAAUUGUGCGUUUACGUUCAUUAAGAUGUUACGUUCGUACGAGCUACACUGCAAAGCGUAAUCAUCGCGAGAACUAAAAAUCAUGGAUCCAAGUAUAUCAUCCCGUUGUCUGGCAACGGAUACUCCUUCGGUUUAGAAUUUUCACCGAAAUCUUGCAUAUUUCUCGUUUCCCUCGAUAAACUAGAUCCGGACGAUAUCCGUGACUUUUAGUCGUAGAUCGUCACGACAAGGAUGCGCGCGAGUGUCGUCGUUCGAAAAAAAUAUCUCCGAAAAACUCGUAGCUUAUUAUACUCAAUCUAUGUAUAUGUAUAGUGUGUAUAUGUACGCGUACGCAACGCGCGUUGAACGAAACUGCGAUGAUCUUCGACGGGCGAGAAUACCUGCGAAACCGACCAAAAAAAGUGGAAAAAAAAAUGAAAAAAGAACAGAAAAAAAAAGGAACAGAAAGAAAGGAAAUCGCGGAGCAAAUGGGAUAAGAAAAGAAAAGAAAAGAAAAGAAAAAGACUAAGGCAAGAGUACGGGGGAGAAUUGUUCAAAAUUCUAGGACGAAUGAAUCUAGUCUUUUGUAAACGAGAAACACGAGAGUAUUGUAUAUUUUGAAACUUACGUGCUAGAAGCGUGUAAACCCGUAGAUAGAGAGGACGAUGUGCUCUACUCCGAUUGAAAGUAAUGGAACACACCUAUACGCUAUAUACGUACAUGCACACAUUUACGCAUACACAGAGAGACAGCCGUGUACGCGUGUACAGUUACACAGGCAAUACGAAUUAGCGGGUAUUUUUAUUAAACGGAUAUACGGAGCCGAGAAAUUUCCGAUUAAUCGCGAUCGUCGCGAUGCGAGUCACCGCUAUUGUAAUUUUCUCGUUUCUAUCGUUCUUGCCUUCGACAACGCGUCUGUCGUCCUGUAUGUGCGAUGAUCGAUGCCGAUAUUAAUUAAUCACGGGUAAUUACCGCCCUCUCCCUUGUAACGAUGAUUGUCAAUGAUCGAGUGAAAAUAAAUUGGUUUUUCAGUGA